AUGGAUUCCGAUACACCUGAUUCCCAAACCGUAACCACCGAAACACCUCAUCCCCAAACCGUAACCACCGAAACACCUGAUUCCCAAACCGUAACCACCGACACACCUGAUCCCCAAACCGUAACGACUGACCUGGAAACCCUAACCCUCUCCAGCGAUCCAUUGACGGAUCAGUUCGGCUCCCUCAAUGACGUGGCCCAUGAGCUCGCCUCCCUCCAGGACCUUGCCACGCGCGGCUCAUGGCGCUCCAUCCUCGACAAGGUGGCCCGGGCUCGAGCCCAAUCUCUCCUCCACAAACCCCACGACCACCUCGUUUAUUUCACCUACAAUGUCCUUGCCUUGACUAAACUACGCAGGUUCCCCGAAGCCGCUGCCGAGAUCGAUUCCUUAGAGGACCUCGACAGCUCUCGCUACCAGUACGAGUCGUAUCCAAAAGUGUACCCAAACCGGGUUGGGUCCAUGGUACCCUUCUCCCUCCGGUGGCUUUAUGCCUUGAUGCCCAUCAAGUUGGGCCAGCGACAAGAUGGUCUGGACCGGCUCUACUGCUUGUUAGAUUUUGUACGGAGCAAAAUAAAAGAAAAACAAAAAAAUGGGAGUGUCUCUGUGUGGAAGAGAAGGGAGGUGUUUGUAAUGAAUGGUAUAAUUGGGGUCCAUUUGAGCAACAAGGAGGUAUCUGUGUGCUUGAGCUUGAUCAAUGACUUGCUUAACCGUGAUUACACAGAUCCAGUAUUGGUGUCGAAACUAGGGUACAUUCAGAUGCAAAUGGGAGACUUAGAAGGAGCUAAGAGCUCCUUCAACGUGGUCCAAGGAUUGGUGGAGAAUGAGGAUGAAGCGAGCAAUGAGUUUAAGAACAUAGUAAGUAGGAACAAAGCCUUGGUGUACAUGGUGGGGAAGGACUAUGUUUCCGCAGUGAGGGAGUAUGAGGAGUGCAUUGAGAGGGAGCAUAACGACAUCGUGGCCAUCAACAAUAAGGCACUUUGCUUGAUGUACUUGCGGGACCUGGCAGAUUCGAUCAAAGUAUUGGAGAAUGCCCUGGAAAGAGUGCCUACGGUGGCAUUGAAUGAAACCGUUGUGGUGAAUUUGUGUAGUAUGUACGAGUUGGCUUACGUUAAUCAUUCUGAUAUUAAGAGGACACUGAAUAGCUGGAUUGCCAGGGUUGCUCCUGAUGAUUUUGAUUCAUCAUCUACGAGGAUUUGA